AUGGCUUUCGAAACAGUGACCUCGAUCCCCAAGGAUGCCACUUAUGACUUUGUCAUCGUGGGCGGAGGCACAGCUGGCUGUGUCAUUGCCUCGCGUCUUACCGAGUAUCUGCCUAACAAGAAAGUCCUCUUGAUUGAAGCUGGCCCAAGCGACUUUAUGGAUGACCGUGUGCUGCUCCUCAAGGACUGGCUCAACCUCCUAGGAGGAGAGCUCGACUACGACUACGGCACAACCGAACAGCCCAAUGGCAACUCUCACAUUCGACACUCGCGUGCCAAGGUGCUCGGUGGCUGCUCAUCACACAACACACUGAUCUCAUUCAGGCCAUUUGAGUACGACUGCAAGAGAUGGGAAGCACAGGGGUGCAAGGGUUGGAGCUUCAAGACGUUUAUGCGUGUGCUUGACAACCUUCGCAACACCGUCCAGCCUGUACACGAGAAGCACCGAAAUCAGCUCUGUCUAGACUGGAUCGACUCGUGCUCGACUGCCAUGGACAUUCCCGUCAUCCACGAUUUCAACCACGAAAUCAAGACCAAGGGUGCCCUCAAGCCUUCUGUUGGCUUCUUCUCAGUAUCAUACAACCCUGAUGACGGUCGACGAAGCAGUGCUAGUGUAGCGUACAUCCACCCUAUUCUCCGGGGCGAGGAGAAGCGCGACAACCUGACUGUGCUCACCAACGCGUGGGUCAGCAAGGUCAAUGUCUCGGGUGACAAGGUCACUGGCGUUGACAUUACACUCCAGAGCGGCGAGAAGCGCACGCUUAGCCCCAGCUGUGAAACAAUCCUGUGUGCAGGUGCCGUGGAUACACCAAGGUUGAUGCUGCUUUCCGGUCUUGGCCCCAAGCAACAACUCUCCGACCUCGGCAUCCCCGUCGUAAAGGAUAUCCCCGGGGUAGGCGAGAACUUGCUAGACCACCCCGAAAGUAUCAUCCUGUGGGAGCUGAACAAGCCCGUACCCGCCAAUCAGACCACCAUGGACUCUGACGCAGGUAUCUUCCUACGCCGCGAGAUUCCCAAUGCGGCAGGCGACGAUGGCGACAUUGCGGAUAUCAUGAUGCACUGCUACCAAAUUCCCUUCUGCCUAAACACCGCAAGGCUAGGAUACGAUUCCCCCAUUGACGCCUUCUGCAUGACUCCCAACAUUCCCCGCCCCCGUUCCCGCGGCCGCAUCUACCUCACUAGCGCAGACCCUACCGUCAAGCCCGCGCUAGACUUCCGCUACUUCACCGACCCUGAAGGCUACGACGCUGCCACCAUCGUCGCCGGUCUCAAGGCAGCACGUGAGAUCGCAAAGCAGGCCCCCUUCUCCAACUGGAUCAAGCGCGAAGUCGCUCCCGGACCUAAAAUCACCACCGACGAGGAACUGUCAGAAUACGGCCGCCGUGUGGCGCAUACCGUGUACCACCCUGCAGGCACCACCAAGAUGGGUGAUGUAAGCAAGGACGACAAGGCUGUUGUGGACCCUGAGCUCAAGGUCCGUGGCCUCAAGGGCGUCAGGAUUGCGGAUGCGGGUGUUUUCCCUGAGAUGCCGACGAUCAAUCCCAUGUUGACUGUCCUUGGUAUUGGCGAGCGUGCGGCGGAGAUGAUUGCGCAGGAGUGGGGAUGGAAGGGUCUGCAGAAGGAGAGGUUGUAAGUUUUGUUGGUUUGGAAUCUUGGAUAAAGAGUUUGGAUACGGUAAGAUAGUGAUGAUGUAAGUUUACAUUGCAAUGAUGCGAGUACCCCCAAUGCGAUAAAGAGUUUUUGCAGUUAUUGCGUUGUGUUUAAAAUAUUAUUGUGACCUAUACGAGAAUGGAGGUCCUCAGGUGUGUUUAUAAUUAUACAGGAAGAAGUCAUGAGCCCUUGUAGUAUAUCAGGCUCACUUCACCUCCAUCUUAAUCC